AUGUGGGAUACGGCUGGCCAAGAGAGGUAUAGAGCCAUCACAAGCGCAUAUUACCGGGGUGCUUUGGGAGCUCUUCUUGUAUACGAUGUGACAAAACCAUCUACAUUUGAAAAUGUGAGUUGGUGGUUGAAGGAGCUGAGGGACCAUGCAGAUUCCAGCAUUGUUAUUAUGCUUAUAGGAAAUAAGACUGAUCUGAAACGUCUACGUGCUGUUACCACAGAGGAUGCUCAAGGUUUUGCUGAAAAAGAAGGCCUUUCUUUCAUCGAAACAUCUGCUCUGGAAUCCACCAAUGUAGAGAAGGCUUUCCAAAUGAUCCUUUCAGAAAUAUAUCGGAUAAUUAGUAAGAAGUCACUCUCCUCAGAUGAGCCUGCUCCUACUAGCCUCAAAGAAGGGAAGACCCUUGUUGUUGGACCCCAGGAGACCUCCACGAAGAAGAUAUGCUGCUCUGCAUCCUAA